CCGCGGCACUCAGUCCUCGACCUACCGCCGCGCCGCUCGCACGCGCCAUGGACGAACGCAAAUUAAAAAGUUAAGUAAAAAAAUCAAAAUGUCAUUCCGGAGGCUAGUGAGCGCGGUGAGGUCCGCGCGUGAAGCGCUCGCCCGCGGCGCGCCUAUGGCGGACAAUAUAUUAAAAAGUUUAGUUUCUGUUAUUGUUAUUUGUUGUAUUGCUGUGUCUUCGCCGCCGAGCGCUUCGGCGAAGCCGUUUGCGUUGAGUUUUCCCGCGGGAUGGUCGCUGGCGGGGCUGGUCGGGAGUGUGGGGGCAAGGUCGGACGACUCGGAGCGGCCCGCGGCUGGGGUUAAGCCGUAUACGGGGAGGAGGGUUGGGAACGACACGCUGAGGAUGAUCUACUACUACGACCAGACGGUGGCCGUGGUGGAGCUGGGGCCGGAGAAGCUGUUGCUGAAUUGCGAGCUCAUCGAGACCCUUGACGAGGAAGACACGGAGCGGCUGCUACGCCAACUGAGCCGUAUCAACAGGCCCCUGGGCAUCACGUUCCGCCAGAUGAUCAAGCUCAUGAGCCAGUGUCAGCAGGUAACGCCUCGGCUUCGCAAAAAGGUGGAAGGAGUAGAAGUCCACCCACACGUGACGUCACGCGGCGAAACAUGGCGGGAGGGAGGAGCAGCGCGCGCUCGGCUGGAUAAUGGGGGGACCCAUGCUGGCCUACUAGGGGGAAGUCCCCUUACACUACUGCAGGGGAUCAUACCUGGCACAAAAUGGUGCGGCACAGGCGACAUAGCAUCCGACUACCACGACCUAGGCGCCGACCGCCGCCUGGACCGCUGCUGCCGCUCCCACGACCUCUGCCCCACCAAAGUCCGCGCCUUUUCCAGCCGCUACAACCUCACCAACAACUCCUUGUACAGCAAAUCACAUUGCACAUGCGAUGACAUGCUCUUCGACUGCCUCAAACACACGAACACGUCGGCCUCGCAACUCAUGGGACAUAUUUAUUUCAACAUCGUGCAGGUCCCGUGUCUCGAGGACGCGCCAAACGGCAGGAAGUUCAGGAACGCCAAGCAAGGCUUUUAGCGUAUCAACGCCAUCUUGAGACGGUUCGAAAUUUGCAUUUCUAUUGAAGGAGUGUAUCGAGAAGCUUGGAAUAUCUAACAGUGGAGUUUGCAGGUAGAACAAAAAUUGAGGCAAAAAUAUGACUGUAAUAAAUCACUCACUUUUGCUGUCUCUUUCUACCUACCAGGGGAUUCCAAUAAAGUCAAAAUACCAGAGUCGCUAUUUUCAAGGCAAUACAGAAAGAGACAGAGAGUAGUGGCGUAGGUUUUAUUCUACGAGCAAACUUCGGUGUUAGUAAAUGUAGUUUCUUGGACUGUAAAUAAAGACAUUUUUAACUGUGAUACGCCUGUGCCUUUACGAAUGCCCCUGAGGCAUUAUGGUGCCGCUUCAUUUUAUGUUGGUCUAGUAUUUGUGUCUUACGUGUGCCUACAACUGUAAGGCGACGUCAACGCCAUCUAUUUGGAACUCGAGAAAUUAAAAGGUACCUACGUCCACACCGAGCUAGGUCAAAAAAAUUAAAAAUACUUCAACCCGAUAAUAUUCGUUGCCUCGGUGUGGACGCACCAACAAACAAAUGAAGUGCUGCCUAGAGAUAGACGGUGGCGCUAUACAAAAUGGUUUGACGAAUGUAUUAUCAUGGCAAUUUAGUUAUAAAGGCGUAUCAACUUUUUGACUACUAAAUUUAAUAAUGGCUCUUUUAUGUUUAAGUUUGUGGUGUAUGUUAAAACAUUCAAGGCCCAAAUAUUAAAUUAGAAACUAAUACUAUGUAGGUAUAUUAGAAGCCCUUGGUAACUCCAGAGACAUUUGGAGUAACGCAAGAGACACUCAAACAAAACUGUCGGUCGAAAAGUUGAUUCGCCCAUAAUGCAUUGGUUUUCAAGUGAUAUUUUCUGUCUCUCUAUAGAUUUACGGUGAAUGAACAAAUUAUAGAAAACCUUACUUGAAAAGCGAUCAAAAAUACAAUACAAUACUAAUUAUUAUUUAUUUGUAGAGAACCAGUUGUGAACUAAAAAGCACCAAAAUGACGAUUUUGUUUGAACCAAAUGAUUCAAAUUUAUUUAUUUAGUAGCACAUGUAAUAGAUCAAAGGUAUUUUGUGAUUAUAAAAUAAAUGCGAAUAAAAUAUACCAAAUAAAACUAUUUAUUUAAACA